CUCCUUUCUUUAGCACUGCUCUAAAUGUACUUCUGUAUGUAAAUAACAAUGUGUGAACUUUGAGCAACCCAUUUAAAUGUAAGAAAAAGAAUAUUAUUGUAAUUUCAAUGGCUUAUUGUGUGCUAAUUUUAGAUUCCCUGUUUACUGUCACUCAAAGGGGAACUGGCUGCCACUCUUUGCCAUCUCCACAGAUAAUUCUAAUUUUCUGAGAUGGCAACAAAACUGCUAUCAUAUGAAAAGGGGAAAUGAAAGAAAUGCACUUCUUCAAUUCACAUGCUACUUCUGUCCCAGAGCCUUGCUCUGAGAAGUUUGUUGCAGUUUGUUGCUUACGUUGGACUUCAGUAACGGGGGGAAUUUUUAAAAAAAGUUUGCUGUAUUUUCAAGAUUAAGAAAACAGAGAUUGAGUGGGGGGAUAUUUUGACUUGUGGAGACUUGUUGACACUCAAGACACAGACAGUUUUUUACAUAUACUCCAUUUUCAGUUUUACCCAAAGGCAAAGUGCCAUAAAGGUCAUCUCUUUUUUCAAGGUUGUCAUUGAAGAAUCAACAGUGCUUGCGCAAUGAUUGUCACAUGUUGGAUGCACUUGCUGCUGUUCUGUUUGUGUUGCCACCAUGAGAUCCAGCCUGCUGCAUGCAAACCUCUAUGGAUGUCUCAACAGUUCCCUUGUGAUGUCACAUCCUACAAUACCUCUCAGGUCCUGUUUGACUGCAGAGGGCGUCGUCUGAACGCAGUCCCUCAGGGGAUAACCAGCAAUGCAACUGAGCUCGACUUAUCAGAAAAUUUAAUCAAGAAUAUUUCGGCUGAGUCAUUUCCCAACCUGCCGAGUCUGACUCGACUCGAUCUCAGCUGGGCGAACAAGAACAAAGCAGUGAUCAUUGCUGCGAACGCUUUCAAAAAUCUGACCAAACUGCACAAACUGAGUCUGACCGGCAACCGUCUGAAUGAAAUUCCCGGCAACCUCCCUCUUAGCUUGGAAAUCCUCGAUCUGAGCUAUAACCAGAUUAUGUUUUUGGAUAACAGUAGCCUUGUUGGCUUAACAAACGUGACAAAGUUAUUGUUAUCCAGAAACUGCUACACGUGGAAUCCUUGUGGGAGAUCUGUUACAAUUAUGGAGGACAGUUUUGCAGUCAUGACCGAACUGGGCACUCUGGACUUGUCCUUUAACAACUUAACUCACGUUCCCAAAGGAUUACCCCAAUCACUGAGCGUGUUAAUUCUGGCUUCUAAUAUGAUACAGCAAAUAUCUAAAUAUGAUUUUCUUGGACUACAAAAUUUAAAAGCCCUAAAAAUACAAGGGAACUGUCAAAGAUGUCAUAAUGCUCCCUAUCCCUGUGUUCCUUGCCAAAAUGGUUCUCUUAUGAUCCAUCCUGAAGCAUUUCACAAUCUAACACAGCUCGAGAUACUGAACCUGGGAGGAAACUCACUGGACCACCUGAAUCCCUCCUGGUUUGAGAGGCUGAAAAAGCUUAAACAAUUGUUCCUGUCAUUUAACUUCUUGCUAAAAGAAAUCACUCAAGAGUCAACAUACCUAAAAUAUAUUCCAAAGUUAGAGAGAAUGGAUCUCUCGUUCAACUUUGCUCUCAAGUACUACCCUACGACAGUAAAUCUCUCAAAAGAGUUUUCAAAACUCAAGUCACUCAGAACUUUGCAUAUGGAGGCUUUGGUCUUCCAGAAUAUUGGACCGGGCACACUUGAACCUCUGUAUGAGCUCAAAAAUCUGACUACCCUGAACUUAGGGACUAAUUUCAUUAUUCACUCCGAUUCCACCAUAUUCAGCAAAUUCCUGAACCUGAAAACGAUAUACCUCGCAGAAAACAGGCUGUAUCCCACUCCAGGGAAAAGUCCCCCAUUUCAAAGUGAUGGAUACAAUCAGAGGUCGGACCUUUCCUUUGCACCGCUCGUGAGACCCCAUCCGAAAGAUUUCGUUUAUGAGCUGUCACACGGCCUUAUCAAGAAGGAGUGCUUCGAAUCUGGACGAGUGCUAAUCCUCAGCUCGAAUAAUCUGUUCUUCAUUUCUCCAAAGCAAUUCGAGGGCUAUGGAAAUAUUGCAUGUCUCAACCUGUCAGGAAAUGGAUUUUCAGCGGCACUUAAUGGAACAGAGUUCUCCUCACUGCCUAAUCUGACAUACCUGGACCUGUCAUUCAAUAAGAUUGAUCUGGCCUAUGGCAACGCUUUCAAAGAACUACAGAAACUACAAGUGCUAGACCUCAGUAACAACCCUCACUACUUUAAAGCGUUCGGGGUAACGCAUAAUUUAAAUUUUACAAGAAAUCUGCCUGCUCUGAGGGUGCUGAAUAUGAGUCAUAACUCCAUUGACACAUUAACGACAAAACAGAUGUACAGCAAAUCAUUAACAGAACUUCAGUUUACAAAUAACUAUCUUGGGACUCUUUGGAAAGAAAGGGAUGGUUCAUAUACGAUGCUUUUUACUCAUCUUACUAAUUUGACAAUCUUAGAUAUAUCCCACAACAGCAUUUCAAAGAUUCCAGACAACGUUUAUGAACAUUUGCCACGUAACCUCACCAAACUACGCAUAAGUCACAACAAGCUUAGUGAUUUCAAAUGGGACAAACUCCAGCGUUUCCAUCAACUUCAAAUGUUAGACCUGAGCUUCAAUUCCUUAUCUAACGUGACAGGUAUAAACUCAAACGUCACCCUCACUUUGACUUUUCUUGACCUGAGUCACAAUCACAUUUCCCGCUUGGACAGUGGGUUUCUUAAGGGUGCAAAGAGCCUUACGACCCUUAGCCUUAACCACAACAAACUGACCAUCAUCAAUCAAUCCACCUUCCUACCAAGACCUGAAUCUCAGCUUCAGACUUUGUUCUUGCAGAAAAAUCCAUUCCAGUGUACCUGCGAUUCAUUAGAAUUCAUUCUGUGGAUUGAAAACAGUGACUUAAAGAUUCCUAGAUUGACCACAGAGGUGACGUGUGCUACACCAGCGAACCAGAAGGACAAAGUUCUGAUCUACUUCGACAUCAAUCAGUGUGUCAAUGACAGUGAGGCGUUCUUGAGCUACAUUCUAACAAAUCUCUUCAUUAUUGUUUUUAUGUUUGUGGCAACAGUUUCUCACUUAUUUUACUGGGAUGCCUCCUAUGUCCUACACUAUAUGAAAGCUAAGCUAAAGGGAUACAGAUCCUUGAGCUCAUCAGACGGUGUUUAUGAUGUCUUUGUGACUUACGACACCAGAGAUCCACACGUCUCUGAGUGGGUGAUGAGGAAUCUGCGUGUGAAACUAGAAGAAGAAGGAGAGAAGCAUCUUCCUCUGUGUUUGGAGGAGAGGGACUGGCCCCCUGGUGUCCCUCUGGUGGAAAACCUCGCUCAGAGCAUCCGAUACAGUCGCAAGACCCUGUUCGUCUUAACAGAGGGCUACGUUAAGACUGGGGUGUUCAAGCUGGCGAUAUAUCUCGCCCAUCAAAGACUGCUUGAUGAAAACGUGGAUGUGAUCGUGCUGCUGAUGCUGGAGCCCGUCCUGCAGCACUCUCACUUCCUGCGCCUGAGGAGGAGGCUGUGCGGGGAGAGUGUUGUGGAGUGGCCCAGAACAGCUGCCGCGGAACCCUGGUUUUGGCAAAACUUGAGGAAUGUGGUCAGAGUGGACAACCAGGUGAUGUACAACAAGACGUAUUCAAAGUACUUCAGCAGCAAGUGAACCCGACCCUGACUUCAAACUGCGGAUUUUAACACAUGGAAAAUAAUAUCUGUUUUUAAAACUAUUGUUCUACAUCAACACUGCUUUGCUCCAUCACCAGUUUUAUCACUUUGCCUGGGGCUAAAUAGAGGACAAAUAAAGACAUUAACCCUCUAUGGUGCCGUAUUGCCUCUUGGUAACAUACCCAUUGUUGUCUGUUUACACUCACACAAUACUUCUUCAGUUAUGCUGCGAUGCUCUAAAAAGGUGCCCCCCUGGGGAAACUAAUUGCACUGUCACUAUCACAUGACUCUCUGAAGGCCAUGUUAAGUCCCCUUUUUGGGGGGCGUUCCUCACAUGGUUUAGCUCCAGCAUCUCUCUCUUUUUCUAUUAUUUUACAAUCUGAAAACAACUGGAUUCACAAUAAUAAAUGAGUGGUUUAAUUUUUGAUUGUUUAAUGUGCUUUAUUUGAUAAUUAAGUUAUAGAAAAUUCUUAAAAUGCAUAUGUUGCCUUGAAGUAACACCAUAUGUUUAUGGAUUCCCACCAUGACAUUUUUCUGUGACUGUGUAUGUAAGUUUAUAUAUUGUUCAAAUGCAUAAUAAUCAUCAUAACUAGUUUCAAUAAAGUUCAGGCUAUGAAA